AUGUCGGAGGUCCGCCUGGGUUUAGCCCACGGGACCCUCGAUGUCUCGCCUGAUUUAACGCCCCCGGUGCCGGAUAGCAGCUGCGGUACCCCGACACAGAGCAAUCUGUUUAGCAUCGCAAGCCCACCACCUUCCACAGGCUCAAAGCUGCCAGUUAAUUCGGGAUUUUUCAACCUUGCCCUCUCGAGCUCCGAGACUGCCCGAUCACACGUUAGCCGCCCAGAGGCUUUCGCAAGCACCAUACCCCUCGAGUUUCACAAUGUGGCUCUCGUGCCGAUGCUCGAAGCCGAUAAUAUUCGAGAUCGGUGGUUGAAGCCACAACUGGGCUUCGGGGUCAAUGACGGCGCGGCACCGACGCACUUUCACGUGUUCACGGUGCAGUACCUAUCGUGCGUCCUGAGGUCGUACCCGAGUCAGCUGCAAGAUGAGAUGCAGUUUCCCCCAUUCAUUCACCCGAUGCAACUGACCAGAGUGCCGGCAUCACCUGCUCUGGCAAAUUGCUCGUCUUUGGUUCGGCUGUGGAUGAGUCGUGCACCCGGAAGUGAGGGCAUGGUACUAGCAACGCUGAAGAAUGAGAUUGACCGACUGGUUGCUGAGCAACAAUUUAUCAGCGACUUUGACUUACUCUGCUCCUUCCAAGCCCUGCUGAUAUACACCCUUAUGGCGCAUUCCUUCCCCCUCGGCGAGAUCUCUUUAAUCGACGACGUCGACAUUCGAAGACUGCAAGAUCUGGCCUUCUUCUCCGCCAAGCGAGGCGUCACAAAGCGCCGCACGCUGUUGACCAUGUAUCUCUUCAUCAGCCUCUAUAACGCCUCCAAGAACAUUCCCAACGUCAUGCACAACGAAUUGGCCGAGGUGAUUGUUCCCGAGAGCAAGGCUCUGUGGCUUGCGAGAGACCGCAACGCUUGGGUCUCGGAGUACAAUCGGCAUUUGGGUAGAUGGGAAGAUGGCAUGUUGACGAUUGGAGAGCUGUGGAAGGCUCCUGAUGGGGAUGCUUCUUCCGCAGAAAAGAGGCGAGGGAGAAUCGAGCGGUGGAUCAUGUCGGCUGAUGAGUUUGGGAUGAUGCUUUUUGCGGUGACGGCACAUUUGCACGGGUGUUGA